UCAAAUGCACGUCCAAAAACGUCAAAUGUUUCAACCAAAACAGUGAAGUUUAUUUUGCAAAAUAUUUUUAAUUUUUAAUGGAUUUUGUGUGACCAGAACGAUUUCCCACUUAUAAACCUCUUAAAUCGAUCCUUAUCAAUGUAUUAGUAAUUAAAAAUAAUGCACGUUCAGUGAGAAAAGUAAGAAAAACUUUGAAGGCCGCGGCCUCGUAACCGCAAAGUUCUUAGAAUGUACCUAAUCAUUCAAAUAAGUAAUUAGUAAUACAAGGUAAAUAAUAUUCAUGCUCGUUCUAAAUACGUUCACGAUACUCAUUCAAGUGGCAUUCAUUGUUUUCAUGACACUGCUAUCUAUGAAUAUACUACGUUAUCUAACUGGUGGUGUUAAAAACAUGGUUGCGAUCGCUCCAGCACUUUUCGUGAACCACGGAGGUGGUCCUAUGCCUUUAUUGGGCGAUAAAGACAGUAUAGGACUCACCAAAUUCCUUAGAGACGAAGUUAAGAAGUAUGUCAACCUGAAGGAGUUAAAAGCAAUAAUUCUCGUCACUGCCCAUUGGGAGGAGAAUAAGGUGACGAUUUCUUCAUCAGAGCAUCACGACUUGUAUUUUGACUACUACGGAUUCCCUCCAGAAACAUAUAAAUACAGGUAUGAUGCCCCAGGUGAUCCAGAAUUAGCCAAACGUAUACACGCAGCACUAACAAAAGCAGGCAUAGAUUCUAAACUGGAUCCAAAAAGAGGUUGGGACCAUGGAGUUUUCGUACCUAUGAUGCUUAUAAACCCAGAUGCUGAUAUACCUAUAAUUCAAGUCUCGGUAUUGUCCAACCAGGAUCCCGAACAGCAUUAUAAGGUUGGGCAAGCCUUGUACCAGUUUAGGAAGGAAGGUAUCGCCAUAUUUGGCUCUGGUAUGUCUUACCACAACAUGAGGGAGUUUAGAUUCAGUCGAAACUCUGGCAAGGUUGUAAACGAAGAAUUUGAUGAAUUCCUAAACCGAGCUUGUACAUCAACUGACGAGAAACGUAAAGAAAUGCUAACAGUAUGGGAAACUCAGCCGGGUGCCAACGAGGCGCACCCCCCAAGGGCGGCUGAGCACCUGAUGCCGCUGAUCGUGGUCGCUGGGGCGGGCGGUGCCAACCCAGCCGAGAGGGUCUUCAACUGGGACUUGACGGGGACUUUUAGGCUGAGUGGGUUUUUAUGGAGAAACGAAUAAUUCUAGCAACUUAUUCUCACCAACACAAUCGCACAACCAUAUUAGCCAAAUGCAAUACUUUUAAAUUCUGAACAUGUGAAUUGUAUGUUCUACUUUAGUUAUCAUAGUAUUUUCCGUGAAUAGAAACACACUAAAAACAGACAAACUUCGAAUACCCAUACAGUGUAGUCAAUGGGUCAGGUAGAAAUACGUCUCAGGUAGAUUGGGACCUGUGUGUUUUAUGGGCUGAGGAGAAAUAAAUACUUAACAGGGCUCUCUCCGUCACUUACUUCAUACAAUCGUAGUUCCAAUUUCAUUUGAAUAUUAAGCAAUCAAAGU